CUUCCCUCUGCUGCUGCUUCUGCCCUGCCCUCACGUUUUCCUCCUUUUCUCUCCCCUCUCCUCCCUGGAUGUUGUUUUCUUCCUAGGACCCUCCUCAUUCUCUUUUAAUUACAUAAUUGGGGUCAAAAUCUAAAGUCGUACUCUCAGGAAAAGUCUUAAACUCUUUACAUAAAGCCUGGACGCUUCACACAAGUGAAUAAUUAUCUCAUUCAUUUUAAAUAAGGUACUUCACAUUAAUUAUUAACUUGUAAUGGCCAGUUAUUUUUCAUUUCUAAAAACCCCCCAACCAAGAUAAAAUAAGAAUUUUUACUUAGAGGAAAGAAAAUUACAUCAUAAACUGCAAUUGAGUAUGGAAUUGAUGGUUUGCACCCACUCCUUUUAGAGUAUGAAGCUGAGCUGCCUCCCUUCCCAGAGGGAUACAAAAUCAAACAAGAAGCCAUGAUUACCGUUUCACCGAUGGAAGAAACACUUUUCCGUGGCUUCAGUGCAGAGCACCGUUACCCAUUUCCUCAAUGGGCCACAGACUCACACAUACCUUGCACUCAAAUCAAAUUGGAAACAAUUGAUCCCAAAACCUGUUCCCCCAAAGAAUAUUUGGAAACGUUCAUCUUUCCAGUUCUGCUUCCCGGUAUAGCGAGCCUGCUUCACCAGGCAAAGAAAGAAAAAUGUUUUGAGAGGAAAAGGACCAAAUUCAUUGCCUGUGAUUUUCUGACUGAGUGGUUAUACAACCAAAAUCCAAAGAGGACAGGGGAGCCAUUCACAGAUUUCUUCUCCAUUCCCUUUGUGGAGCAGUGGCUGAAGCAACACCCGCGGCCGCCCGUCCCACUGUCCCUGCUGCUGACCGAAGAGGAGGCGGCGCUGAGCAUCCAGUCCUUCUGGAGAGCCUACCUGGUUCGCUGUGAUCCUGAGAUCCAAGAGCUGCGUCAGUGGCAGAAGAAGCUGCGCGAGGACAAGCACAUCCGUGAGCGGGUCAGACUCUUCUGGGCCAAGCAAGAGCAGAAAGUGAAACAAACCAUGGAGGAGGAGGAGGAGGUGAAGGAGGAAGAGGCUGCUGUCUCCCCGACCUCCGCUCCUUGACCAGGGACCAGGUUCAGGCAGUUAUGCUUCCUCUUGUUAUUUCUUUACCAAGUCGAUUUAAUGGCUAGAAAACCUAAGACAGCACUUGUUGUAAGUGCAAGUAAUUCUUACUUUACUGGUCUUUCUGCAUUAUCCCUAAAUGUUAUUCUUUCAGCCAUCUAUUUCUUCAGUGCCUCUGUUCUUCUACACCAGUCGCCUUUAAAAUGUACAACAAACUCUAGUUGCAAGCAGCGAAGCGUCCUAGUUACCCGUGUCCCACUUUGGCAAAGAGCCAUGUUUAAAUUUAAGUCUCAACCCCUGCGUGGUCUUAGUUUAUCUGGUACCUGCUCUUCACGACAGGCCUUGCUGCCUGUGGUCACUUCCAAAGGAGACGGCCUUACCUUCCCACCACCGAGAUGAGUCAGGCCCCACACCCAGCAGACUCCUCACUCGGUGGGCAAGCUGAUGGGUGACCCUCAUUGGGUCAGUGGUUUGCCAUUAACCAGGAUUUUCCCAUUCAAAGAGCCA